GCACGUUCUCUCUAUCGCUGGCUUCUAUACAACCUCACCCAUUCGAACAUCCAAAACCCUCACAACAUCAUCUACACUCCUGCUCAUACCGAUUCAACAUCUAUGCCUUCUCAAAUAAAUAAUGUCGCUGAUAACCUCACCACCUGUGCUCAAACAACAUUACUUCGUCCUCCUCCCGCUCCAGUACCUAUUUUUUCUAUGGAUCAUUUUGUGUUAUAUAAUUUUGUCGACGGUUAUAUUGAAUCUAACAUUCCAUCCUAUGUGUCUUCAGCAUUCACAACUGACACCGUGGCUCAUGUCAAUUUCUGCCCUGCUACCACUAUGCUUCUGCCUUUGUACGAUGAUUAUGCUCCGCCCGAACAUCCUUAUAUUCGAGCCUCAUCUGUGUACUCUGCCGUUGUACAACUAUACGCUCGCUCUGCCCAGCUUGACUGCACAUACACAAGAUUCCUUCGAUUCGGAGAUAUGUCCCCACUGUGCCAUGCCGGGUGUAAUGAAUUGGAAACAGUUCAUCACGUCUUCGUCGGCUGCCCAUCAUUCAAUCACCUUCGCUACGAAGCA